AUGGCACACACAGGGAUCUUGAAGAGGCUUUUUAGUGAGAAGGGCUAUGGCUUUAUCCACAACGAGUCUGACGAGCGUGAUGUGUUUGUGCACUUCUCCGAGCUGCGCUGGUUCGCCUUGACCGAAGGGACCGAAGUAGCCUUUGACAUUGAAGAACAGCAAAGUGGAAGGACGAAGGCCAUCAAUGUGACCCUCAAGCACUCGUUUUGGGAGAGAGCGAGGGCCGCCGAGGCGAGUAGUUCUGACUGGACGGAACCUCGAAGAGCUUCUGCUUCUGCUUGGGAAAGGACUCCGGCGGACAGAAGCCCGCACGAGUGGAACGACGGAUGGUCUGGGCAAGGUGGCUUUGCCGCGGAGCUUCGGACAUGGCUGCGUGGCCUGGAUCAUGGUCAAGGCGAGAUGCUGCGGUUCGCGGAGGCGAUUUCCUGGCACUACAACACCUGGGAAGCGCUGCUGGAGGGCUCCAUCCAGGACACCGAUGUGCGGCCAGUGUUGUUGAAGGUGGACUUCCACCACAAGAUCGGGCUCAGAGAGACAGGCCACAUCAUCCGAAUAGCCGCGGGCCUGGGAGACAUAUUGGACAGAGGCUGGAGGAAAUUCAAGGUCUGGGCUAACGAUGAUCACAAUGCUCAACCUCCCAAGGAAGCACAGCCGGAGACGUCCUCACAGCCAGACUCUGGCAGACAGGCCCAGCCGGACACCGAGGACAGCGACAGGGACAGCGAUGCCGAAAAUGAAGGCUGCAUCCGCAUCUUCGUUUGCAUCAUGGCUCGGGGUGUUGAGUUGAGCUUGAGCCUGCCUGUCGCUGCUACGAUCGGGGAGGUCAUGGCCAAGUUGGAGGAGCUCGAGGGCGUAGAGCACGGCACGCAGCACUUGUUCUCGCUGUCGCAGCCGUGGAACCUAUUACCCGAGGAAGUGUUGGAAGACGGCGCCGAGCUGUUUCUAUCGAGCCCCGAAGAUGAGCGUAUGCUGUCACUGCUUCCAGAGCACAUCCGGUCCCACUUGAACCCGGCAUCUCUGGUGGAUGUGGUGCUUGAUCUGGACCGGAAGCCCGUGGUCCACGAGCGAGACGCCCAGGGAAAGCUGUACAAACGUGUCCUCGAUGGUUGCCGACUUGUACAGCAAGAAGACUUAGAUGCUGCAGAAGCUCACGAACUGCUAGCCGGACGUUGGACGAAGGAUAACCGCUCUGGCGUUUCGGGCACUCUCCACAGGGUGGCUCGGAUUGUGGAUCACUAUGGCGGCCGAAGCCUGACUGGACUCACACUUCGCAUGGCACAUGCUAUGUAUGGCCUCGCGGAGAAUGUGCCGCAGCUGCGCAGAGUUAUCGAGGAUGGAAAGUCGCUUCUGGUUCUGGGACCCCCCGGGUGCGGCAAGACGACCCUCCUGCGCGAGGUGGCACGCUCCCUAAGCGAAGAGUUCAACCGGCGCGUGUUCGUCAUCGACACCUCGAGCGAAAUCUGUGGGUUCGGCAGAAGCGCACAUGUUGCGGUCGGCCGAACCACGCGAAGGAUGCAAGUGGCGGACAGGAGCCUCCAGCACCAGGACAUGCUGGAAGCGGUGCAGAAUCAUACGCCGGAGGUGCUGGUCAUUGACGAGAUUGGAAGCCAGGAGGAAGUGGAAGCAGCAUGCCGCAUCGGUUUCAAAGGCAUCGCUUUGGUCGCCACUGCGCAUGCAAACAACUUAAAGGAGGCCAUGGACAACGUGGCCCUGCAGUCCUUGUUCGGUGGUUUUCAGACCAGCACAGUGUCAGACCAAACGGCACAACGGUCCGCGGACGGUCGCAAGUUUGUGGAGCAGCGGCGCAGUGCACCCGUGUUCAAGAGCCUGGUCGAACUUGGCCGUGGAUCUGGAGAUGAGUGGGUUGUUUACGAAGAUCUGGAAGGUGCCAUCGAUAUGAUCUUGGCAAGGAAGCCUGGCAAAGGGUCUCGGGUGCCCGCGCCCAGCCACUCGCGGAUGGCCAAGCCAGGGCCAGGCCAACGAGUCGGCAGAGAGAUGCAGGAGCUGACACCCCCAGCUCGCAAGGUCGAACAGAUCGCGGAGACGGUCCCGUGCAUCCCCGAAGUCGGUGGAAGGAUUGCGUCGGAGGAGCUGCAGGCCCGGAAAUCCAUGCGAGACCGAGAAAUUUCAGGUCGAGCCUACCGCUUGUGCUUCGACGGCGGCGUGGAUGGGGGACAUCAUGGACCUGGUGGCGCAGGAGCCAUCCUCCGUCGGCUUCGGGCAGGCACAGGCCAUCCGGAUCGGCGGACUGGGAAGACGUGGAUGCUGUACCAUCCGAAAUCCUGUCCAGAGCUCAUGGAGUAUGCUGGCCUGCUGAUUGGUCUGCGUGGUGUCAAGCAGAGUUUGCCCACCUUGCAGCCGGCCCCGGUGGUGAUUUUCAUCGAAGGCGAUUGCAAGCUUGUAGUCGACCGCCACGGCGGAGGUCCUGUGGCGCAGAGCUUGCGCAGUGAGCAUCCCGAUGUCGAAGCAAAGCUGGAUGCUUUGGCACAACUGGUGGACGAGGCAAUACGGCAGCUGGAGAGGAAGAACGUCACGGUCGAUCUUGUGAAGUGGCGCAAUCGCGGAAGGAACAAGGCGGCCGACCGGCUCUCGCACGAAGCUCGAGAAUGGCAGCACAGCACUUUCGAGCUCGAGUCGGAGGUCUUUUCACUUCUCAGAGCCUUUGAAGUCAGCCAGGUCCCAACCGUCUGGCAGUUCAAAGAAGUCCACCCAAUGCUGCGCAUCCAGGGGGGCCUCGUCAUGCACCCCCGGCAUCUCGUCGGACUUGUGGGCUUCGAGUUGAAACCGGAUUCGGCCGACGGAUCCUUCAGCAUUUCGGUGCAAGUUGACGGAAGAUGGAGCAAGCAUGAUUCCUUUUCGCUGGGCCUGGUCCCGUCUGGUGCUGCCGACUUUACUCGGGCGCAGGGCUUGAUCGCCGGCGAGAUUGGCUUCUGGUUUAGCCCCAAGUCGGGCAACAUUUGUGGGAUGCUCGGAGGGCAGAAGGCGGAGUUCGUGCUGCCUUCGUGGAUGGGCAAGCUGACCGGGUCAGUCGCGGACAGGAAGAAAGCAUCACUUCUGCCAGGCACCAGGUGGGGCAUGACCUACAGGCGAGGAAGCCUUGAACUGUUCAUGGCGAUGCCUGACAGCGAGCUGGAGUCUUUGGGAUGCGUGCAAUGGCCCUGGGGCGAAGUCGUGCCACAGCGAGCAUACUCGGCGGCAGUCUUCUUCAAGCCGAGGCGCAGUGGCUCUGGUUCUAUUGGCUGGCCGACUGCAGAGAAACCGAAAUCUAUCAGUUUUAUUGGCCGGCCACCAUCAAGCCCCUGCCAGCCGUGUCUUCCUUGCUUGCGGCUGCUGGGAGACGGCCUCGCUGCCUUCCACACGCGCGGCUGGAAGUUGUGGGGUGAGCAUCCAGGGCUGGGCUUCCUGUACCAGCUGCCAGAGGCCGAAGCACUGCACGUCCGUUGCUGCAGGAAGUGUUUCGCACUUCGCAGCCGGGAUAUGGAUGCUGAAAAUUUCCUUCGCGAGCUGGAGAUCGACAACCUCGUAGACUAUUUGGAGUGGCAUCGGAGACCAGUGCUGAACACUGACCUUCCAACCCUCGAGAUUAGCCGGGGUGUUGAAGUCUCUGGCAGAGACGUCCUCUUCCCGCAAUGUCGUUUUGAACGAUCUUGGGUACAGUUUCGUAACGGUGGAACGCGCCUAGCACUGAAA